CUAUUCAUUAAUUGGCUGAUUUCGCAUAAAAAUUACAAUGGUAAAGGUUCAAUUGUAAAUCCUACGAUUUACUUUGAAUUUUCUACUGUUUUGGUAUUAAAUGAAUAUAGGUGUUGCUGAUAUUUUAUAACUUUUUAUAAUAAUAAUUAAAUAUAGUUAGGUAUAAAUAAUUUAAGAUCAUGGAUAUAUCUAUCGCUCCGAAUUUAAAUGCCGAAAUCUACAGAAAUUUGGCACAAGCCGAUCGUCCGACUGUUUCUGACAAACAUUUACAACUUAUAUUGGUAUAUGAUGAUAAUAAUGCUAUUCUUGGUGGUAGUAAUAUGACAGAUCGUUUCUGGACUGGUACUCUGUGGUAUUACAAUGAUAUUUCAGAUUUUACAAAAUCUAAAGCUUUACAAUCGACUAAAACUGUAACUGGUAUAACAACGGGAGCAUAUCUAGAGAAAGAUAAAUUUAUAAUUGGCGAGGAUAGCGGCUUGUUACAAAUCAUUGGCCUAGUUGAAACAUCUAAGAAAGAUACAAUAGAAUUACAAUCGUUUGGAUAUGCUUGUCAACACGAUGAUACUCUUACAAGCAUUUCAGUAUUUUCUGAUAAAGAACGUUUAGUGAGUAGCGGAAUGGAUUGUUGCAUAAAGGUCUGGGAUAUAUCUAAUCUAAUGUCUACAGAUUCAUUCCAUUCUAGUCACAUAGAUGUUGUAACUGGAGUUGAUGUACAACAUGGAAAUAAUUCUGUAUUUAUGUCUUCGUCAUUAGAUAACUGUGCAUUAAUGUGGGACCUAAGAAAAUCAAAACCUGCGCACUGUAUUUUAGAAAAAUAUGGUUAUGGGUUGACUUCUGUAUCCUGCAGUCCUGUCUCUGAUAAUAUUGUUGCAAUAGGUGCAAAUGAUGGAAGUGUUACCUUAAUAGAUAUUAGAAAUAUGUAUGACGUAUUAUUCGAGUCAUUAAUAUUUUCCAGAUCAAUACAUAAGCUUUUAUUUAAUCCAAAUCCAGAAAGGUCAAGUCAAAUAGCUUGUUGCUGCGAUGACGUAGUAAUUAAAGUUCUUGAUACAAAUAAAGAUUGUAAUGUUAUUUAUGAAGAUACUAGACAUACGGAUUUUGUACGUGGACUCGCUUGGUACAAAGAUAAAUUGAUAUCGUGUUCUUGGGAUGAUCAAGUUUUAAAACAUACGAUUUAAUUCUUGUAUAAUUGAACAUUAAACUUGUUACUUUUAUAUUAAAAUUAAUUCUGAUCACUGAUCAGUUUAAUAAAAUAGAAAUAUUAAUGUUUCUAUAC